GCGACCGCAACUUCCGUACAAUACAAAGAUGGCAAACGAAGUAACGAAUGCACCGAAUAAAACCUGGGAAUUGAGCUUAUAUGAGCUCCACCGCACUCCACAAGAGGCAAUCACAGAUAAUACAGAGAUAGCAGUGUCUCCAAGGAGUCUGCACAGUGAACUUAUGUGUCCGAUAUGCUUAGAUAUGUUAAAAAAUACGAUGACAACAAAAGAGUGUUUACAUCGUUUUUGUCAAGAAUGUAUUAUUACAGCACUUAGAAGUGGGAACAAAGAAUGUCCAACUUGUCGGAAAAAGCUUGUUUCUAAGAGAUCAUUACGACCAGACCCAAAUUUUGAUGCUUUGAUUUCUAAAAUAUACCCUAGUAGAGAUGAAUAUGAAGCCCAUCAGGAGCGUGUUCUGGCAAAACUUAACAAACAACAUAGUAGUGCAGCUCUUACUCACAGCAUUGAAGAAGGUUUGAGGAUGCAGGCAAUGAACAGAGCUCAGCGAGUGAGGGUUCGAAAACAUGACACAGAGGCAGAUUUGUCAAAGCUUGAAACAGCCAGCACUACUUCGAAUGAUACAACACCAUUAAAACGUACAAAAACGACAGAAGACUCUGAUGGCGAGCAGCCAAUGACAGAACUACCAGCCAGUGACAUAGAGCUGGUGUUCAGAUCUUUACCAACAGAUGAUCAAAACAUUGAUACAUUGCAAACAAGAUUUAUAAAGACCACAGCCAAUGCUACAGUUGAUCAUCUUUCUAAAUACUUGGCCAUUAGACUCUCAUUAGAUGCAGCAAAAGGAGAGCAAAGUAGAAGUAAAGGGGAAACAAAUUAUGUAAUCUACAUUGCCAGUACACCGGGUAACUAUACCUCAUUAAAUGGUUCCAUGACCCUUCACCAAGUGAAUGAACGAUACUGGAGAAUAAAUAAACCAAUGGAGAUGUUCUUUGCCAAUCACCCAGUGGACUCCAUGCCAAAGAAAUCAGACAAUAAAUGUUUGUAAUCAUCGUAUCAUUAGUGCUUCAUUUUGUAUUAUGACAUUUUAUUCAUUUGGAUAUAUAUGAAAUUGAUUGAAUGAUAUAUAUAUAUUACAUAUUACACUCACUCCCAAAUUUAUAUGCAACUUAUUGACAUUAAGAAAAACACACAGGAGAUUUAUGAUCCAAACAUUAAUGAUUGUUAAAGAAAAUAAUUCUAUGCUAUAUACACUUAUAUGCUUGACUUCAACUUGGAAAAUAGUAUUGGUAUAGAAAUUUCUUCUAAUCUUGCAAAAGUUUAUUUGCCAAAAAUUGGUGCAUGUUCUUUCAAGUUUAUCUACUUGACAAUAAGGCUAGUUGGAAUGUAGAUUCUGGUUCUACAAUAUCAUUAUGUUAGUAAAGAGUUGACAGUUGGUUAUAAAAGUAUUUAUUGACACACACACAAAAUUUAACAGGACCUAUCUUUGAAUUUGGGUGGGAUCAGAUCCUGGUGAGAAAAUUGUCCAUUGAUCUAAGUAUAUUAAUAACUUGAGUUCUUAAGAAGAAGAAAAAUGACAGACUGUAUUUUGUGUAGUUGCACACAUUCUACAGUCAAAGCUGUGUUCUCUGAGUACAUUUUAUUUUGAUUACCUUACAGUGUAGGCUCUUGUUUUUUUGUCACAGAGGGUACAAAAAUGUCCUAUUUUAUGCACAGUUUGCAGUUCAACUGCACAUUCGAAGAAGAGUGGAAUGAUGUCUAUUAAUUUCUUUAACUAAUUUGAGAUAUUAGAAGAUAGCACUCUUAAGAUAGAGGGACAUGAGUCUAUUUAUAGCCUGACCUGUUUCAGUUAAUUUGUGGUAUUUUGACUUAAAUUUGUGAAAAAUGAAAUUAAAACUGCUGUUUAGAUUAUUUUGUUUCAAGGAUUACAGAUAAAUUUCUUUUACUAGUAAUUAUAAUCAGAACUAUCCCUAACUGUUAUCAUUAUUUUGCAUGGCCCUGGCAGUGUUGAUGCCUUCUUAGCAAAAAAAACCCAAUUUCACAGCAAAUUAAAGUUACACCUAAGUAACCUCAAAAACAUAAAAACGAUUUCUAUGGAGAGGUAGAAAAUCAACCAAGAUUAAGCCAGGAAUUAUGCAUCUGUUUUACUGCAUUUAUAUGUAACAGAAUAUUCCCCUGGCUUUCCUCUACAUGUUGCAUUUUGUAACAAGUUGCUGUGAGUAUAAACUUGCAUUUGCCUUCAAAAAGGAUUUAAUUGUAAAAUUGUGAUUUGUAACUUUUUUUUAUUUCUUUUUUUUGUAAUAGUGGCAGCAUCUUUUAUACCAACUGAAACAUUACGCAAAAAAAAAUUAAAAGAAAUGUUAUAAAUCUCAUUGGAUAACAUAUUUGAUCAGCUUUUGAAUUAAGAUCACAAUAACAAAUCAAUUUUAAUUUGACAAUCUGGUUAUAUAUUCUCAAAGGUUUCAAAUCUUUAUAUGUGAAGAAAGAACCUAAAUAAACAAAGGAUAUUCACAUGGAUUCCAAACUAAAAUCAAUGAAUUUCUGUUUCAUCAAUGCUAGAAUGCAUUUUCAUUAUGCGACUUGAAAUCUGGAGUGAAUGAGAAAUAUUAUUUGUGUAUGUAUGGAAUAGAUGGUGCUUUUUUUACUAUUAUUUUUGUUGUAAACAAUAAAUGACUUGCUAAACCAUAA